CCAAACGGCCACACAUGUAGUAGGGCAGCCCACCUGUGCCUGUAGUCCUGUACUCCCGAGUCCCGAUCCCCCACGCAGCCACGCUACUUUCUCUAGUUUUGACCCGUCUUCUCCCCUCUUCGUCCCACACGCCGGCCGAUCCAUCCAAGCUUCCACGAUGAGCUGGUGGUGGGCGGGCGCGAUCGGCGCCGUGAAGAAGCGCCAGGACGAGAGCGCGGCCGCGGCGGAGCCCUCCUUCCAGAGCGUCGCGCUCGUCGUCGGAUCCACCGGCAUCGUCGGCACCUCCCUCCUCGACAUCCUCCCGCUCCAGGACACCCCGGGCGGCCCCUGGAAGGUCUACGCGCUCUCCCGCCGCCCGCUCCCGCCCUGGUCCCCGCCGCCCUCGCCCGCCGUCACCCAUCUGCACCUCGACCUCGCCGACUCCGCCGCCGUCGCCGACGCCCUCACGCCCCUCACCGACAUCACACACGUCUUCUACGUCGCCUGGUCCAACCACCCCACGGAGGCCCAGAACCGCGAGGCCAACUCCGCCAUGCUCCGGAACGUCCUCUCCGUCGUCGUCCCCAACUGCCCGGCGCUCGUCCACGUCUGCCUCCAGACCGGCCGGAAGCACUACAUCGGCCCCUUCGAGGCCAUCGGCAAGAUCCCCGCCCCGGACCCGCCUUACACCGAGGAUAUGCCCCGCCUCGAUUACCCCAACUUCUACUACGACCAGGAGGAUGUCCUCUUCGACGAGGUCUCCCGACGCGGCGGUGCCGUCAGCUGGUCCGUGCACCGUCCCACCACAAUCUUUGGCUUCUCUCCACGGAGCGCCAUGAAUGUCGUCGGUAGUCUAUGCGUCUACGCCGCCAUCUGCCGCAAGGAGGGUGCCACUAUGCGGUGGCCUGGAUCCAAGGUCGCUUGGGAGGGUUUCAGUGAUUCCUCGGACGCUGACCUCAUCGCCGAGCACGAGAUCUGGGCGGCAGUUGAUCCAUUCGCCAAGAACGAGGCUUUCAAUUGCAGCAAUGGGGAUUUGUACAAGUGGAAACAGCUUUGGCCGAUGCUGGCAGAUCAUUUCGAGGUGGAAUGGGCUGGGUAUGAUGGAGAGGAGAACCGGUUCAUGCUUACACAGGCCAUGGCAGGGAAGGAAGCAGUGUGGGCCGAAAUUCUGCAGGAGAACGAGCUCAUUAGGACCGAGCUGGAGGAGAUCACCAAUUGGUGGUUCGUCGAUGCCUUGUUCAAUGUUGAGACCCAGCAUUUGGAUAGCAUGAACAAGAGCAAAGAACAUGGAUUCCUUGGUUUCCGGAACACGACAAACUCCUUCAACACAUGGAUCGAGAAGAUGAAGGUUUUCAAGAUUGUUCCCUGAUACCUUUAUUUUCUAUAUCUAUUGUUUCUUUUAUAUCCUGUUCUUUCUCAUACCCAGUGACUCUUGAAUUUAGUUUCAUUGCAACUGUUUGCUUAUUUGGGAAUGGUCACAUGUUCUGAAAUGUUGUAAUCUAGAAUAAACUAGAAUGGAGUACCCUUGCUUAGUAGUUGUUCAUUGCCAUUGUUGAAGCUUUGAGUAAUUGGUUGGAUGCUUUCCAUAUUGUGAGGGAUUCAUCUAUGAAUUACCUGCGAAACUUGGCCAUUCUUGUAAAUGGUAUGCUGAUCUGUUGCUUUUGUUGGUAAUGAUAUGCUUGAGAUUCGCUUCA